AUGACACAUCAUGACAAAUCACCAGACAAAUCAAAUGAGCACACUGACCCUCUGUAUAUCGUCCGCAUUGGUCUAGUGGUUAUGAUCCGUCGCUUUCACCGUCGUGACCGGGGUUCGAUUCCCCGAUGCGGAAUUGUUUUGCCGAAUACUCAUAAUCUAUUGUCGUUCCCGAUCUGGGUUGGUCUACCUUUGAUGAAUUUUGGUGAAAGACACCAAGAAAAUUUUGACAAAAAGACACUUAGCCAGUUCGAGAUUGAAGAACGAGUCCAGGACUUGUUACCCAAAGAACUAGUAAACUACUACAAGAAGAACCGGCGUGUACCACAUAUACCUGACACAGGAGAAAUGACCCUGAAUACCCUUGUGUGA